AUGAGAAAUUCGACUACGACCAAGUUGCUCAAGGUCGCGUCCAACGGCCAGUGCGUCAAGGCGAUGUCGGGGCACGUCGCCACAGAGGUUUGCAAAGUCUCUGACGUUGGCCAGCACUGGAAGGUCAAGGAGAACCACGUUUACUCACCGUCGUCCGAGAAGUGUCGGCACGCUGCACCGCCGACGCCGGGCGCGCCCGUCGGCCUCGCCAUGUGCCACUGGUAUAGUCCGCUGGCCUCCGGGCUGGACCUCGUCGACUGCAACACGGUGGCGCCAGCGUACGUGACGAUCACGACGGGCGCCAGCAACAACCAGUGCUUGGACGCGUACAAGGACAGCGCCGAUGGCAAGUUCAAGCUCCACACCACCAAGACACUCGAGCACGCGACCCAUGGUGGUCAGUGUCUGGACGCCGACCCGACGCACACACCCGCUGAUUUCUACCAAGUGCAUAUGUGGCCCUGCACCGCCGACAACAAGUACCAGCGGUGGACCGUUGCGCCGUACGAGGGCUACGCGCAAGUGAGACGAAUAGUCCAGAUCGGUUUUCUACAUACAGUUUGA